UGUAACAGAUGUCAAACGGGGAAAGCACAGGCACACAGCUCUUUUUCUCUUGUGUGUCUCUCUUUCUUCUUCUCUUUUAUUUGCCUUAUUCUAUAGGAAUUUGAUCCUCUAAGAUUCUACCUGGGAUUUUCCUUUGGAAAAGUUGCUGUGGUUCCACAAGAAUAUGGAACUCGAUUUUGGACAUUUUGAUGAAAGAGACAAAACAGCUAGAAACAUGAGAGGGUCACGAAUGAAUGGGCUACCAAGCCCUACUCAUAGUGCCCACUGUAGUUUCUAUAGAACCAGAACCUUGCAGGCACUAAGUAAUGAGAAGAAAGCCAAGAAGGUACGUUUUUACCGCAAUGGGGACAGGUACUUCAAGGGGAUUGUGUACGCUGUCUCUUCUGACCGUUUCCGUAGUUUUGACGCAUUGCUGGCUGACCUGACCCGAUCCUUGUCCGACAACAUCAAUCUGCCUCAGGGAGUGCGCUAUAUCUACACCAUUGACGGAUCCAGGAAGAUUGGAAGCAUGGAUGAACUAGAAGAAGGGGAGAGCUAUGUCUGUUCUUCAGACAACUUCUUUAAAAAGGUUGAGUACACCAAGAACGUCAAUCCCAAUUGGUCAGUCAACGUAAAGACAUCUGCCAACAUGAAAGCCCCUCAGUCCCUGGCUAGUAGCAACAGUGCUCAGGCCAGAGAGAACAAGGACUUUGUUCGCCCCAAACUUGUGACCAUCAUCCGCAGUGGGGUGAAGCCUCGGAAAGCAGUGCGUGUGCUUCUUAACAAGAAAACAGCUCACUCUUUCGAGCAGGUCCUCACUGACAUCACAGAAGCGAUCAAGCUGGAAACCGGAGUCGUCAAAAAACUUUAUACCCUCGAUGGAAAGCAGGUCACCUGUCUGCAUGAUUUCUUUGGUGAUGAUGAUGUGUUCAUUGCUUGCGGUCCUGAAAAAUUCCGCUAUGCUCAAGAUGAUUUUUCUUUGGAUGAGAAUGAAUGCAGGGUCAUGAAGAGUACUCCAUCUGCAACAGCUGGCCCAAAAGCUUCCCCAACCCCUCAAAAGACAUCGGCCAAAAGCCCAGGCCCAAUGCGUCGUACCAAAUCUCCAGCCGAUUCAGGUAACGACCAAGACGCAAAUGGCACUUCCAGCAGUCAGCUUUCAACACCCAAGUCGAAGCAGUCUCCCAUCUCUACACCAACAAGCCCGGGAAGUCUGCGGAAGCACAAGGACCUGUAUCUGCCACUGUCGCUGGAUGAUUCCGAUUCACUUGGAGAUUCCAUGUGAAAGGUGAUAGGCCAUAUUAAAGCCUAUCAUUAAAGCAAAAUGCUUCCUUUCAAGUGACCAACAAGGCUAUUGGUGCUUAAACAUUUUUGUUGUUAUUGUUCUUGUUGUUAUGUUUCAAAGCACUCUGUAGUAUGUAGGGUUUAUUUUCAUGUGACUUCUCUUCUGGGCCACUAAUUCACAAUUACCAAUUCUGAGAGAUCGAUUGAUAACCAUCCUUUUGAGUGAUUUUCCAGAACUGCAAAAUGUGCUAGUUUAUGACCUCUCUACUGAAUGCUUAGGGGCCUUUGUAUUUCCCCCACUCAAUUUGUUCAGAUACUAGUCUUUCUUCUGUGGAAGGCUGUUUACAUACAUAUCACUUGUGUGUGGGAAAGCAUUCAUAUGCAGAUCAAAAAGUGAAAAACCCAAGUGUCCCUUGCCUCUGUAUCUUCAGAAUGCUGGAGGAUCUCAGGAGAGUGGCAAGUCAGAUCCUUGGCCUUACUCAUUGCUCUUAAUUGAGCCCCCAGUGUAUUGUCUAGCAUUAAUCCUGGCUGUUGACAGGGAGAAACACCAGCUAGUUAUAAUGUGACACCAUGUGCUUAGGGCUAUGGUAUAGGGCUAGCUGAAAGAGAUGAGGCAGAAUUGGGGGCAAAAACUGCCCAAGUUUCAGUAGGAUGUAUAUAAAGCACAGUGGAUUCCUGCUUAAUCCCUGUAUUGGGGAAAAUUGGAGUCAAUAAAUAAUCAAUGAGUUUGGGGUACAUGAUGUCACAUAUAUGAUUCCUCCAGGAGGUUUUCUAACAUACAAAGUUAGUACAUGAAUGGUAUGGUAUCCAUCUAGCUCUGUUCUAUUGAAUGCCUUGUAAACAACCAACACUACAAACACUGUGAGAAUUUGUUUUCAAGUCUGAUACCUUUUGGUCGCUUUUUAUAGCAAGAAACCAUAUCCUUUUUAUAAAAACUCAAGUCUGUAUUUCAGGAGCAAAACUCUUCAGGCUCCUUUUUUAUAAGCUGGUGAUUUUUUUCCUUUGUCUAAAAAACACAAGUAGAAAAUUUAGCAAAAAAAAUACAGAAGAAUACUGUAGUUUAGAAAUCAUGCUCUCACUGCCAAACAGAAAGCUCCAGGAGAAAACACAAUGACUAGAGGCCACUUCAAUAGAAUCAGUCUUUUGAUACCUUUUUAACAGUUACACUUAACAGUAAUAAUUUCAAUGUGGACCAGACAUUCUAAUUAUAUUUUAAAUGAAAUGUUAUGGCAUAUUUUAAGUAACUCUUUUUUAUCUAUAAUAUUUCAUACUUAAGAUGCAGAGACCUUUCACUUGUCUUUAACAUUAGAAAGGAUUUCUCUUUAUUAAGGAUUGAUCACUUGAAAUAACUCUCAGUCUUUGAGGUACAGGUUUGUAACACUGUUUUUUUGUCUGUAGUCAUAGCCCAUAAUAGCCAAGACAGCUAAAUUUAGGUGAAAGCCAUGCAUGCCAAUUCUGUGUUUGAUUUUAAUAGAUAGGAAGAUUUCCUUUAUUUCUUUGUAAUUGUUCAGAUAAUUUGAAAGAUGCUGCAUUCAAAGCCAAGAUGUUGUUUGGCUGCUGAAUGACAUGCAGUUGUCCCUUCAUUCUAAGUAGAAUGAGUAUGGGGAUCAUGUGUGUGUGUGUGUGUGUGUGUGUGUGUGUGUGUGUGUGUGUGUGUGUGUGUGUGUCUAGGCUGCUUCAUAAUUAGGAAAUACUGCAGGAUAGCUCAACAUGAAUUGAUGGCAACUUGGUGGCAUUGCUGAUGUUCAGGGGGAAGGAGGAUGGAAGGGAUAACUAGAGCCCCCUUGAUAAUUUUCAGAUGUCCUUAAUUACCAGAUUACAAGAAUCAUUUUCUUUUUUGGUUCAGGAGAAGUGGGAUGAGGAGAGUUCUGGCUUCUGGUUAAACUGGUCAUCGAAGAAGCAAAAUGAUGAGGUUUUGCUCUUGUCCCCCAUUUAUUUGUAUAUCCACAUGAAAUGAUUAAGAAGCCCAUUUUACUCAGCUCCUAUUCCUUUCUAGAAGCUCAGUAAUUUCUUAGUGCCUCCAAGAACAUUUGAGUUAAGUAUGGAAAAUUGGUUUUUUGAGAUGGAUAGAAAUUGUGGUGGGAGGUCUAUUUUUAACCCCUGGCCAGGGCCUCCAACACAUUCUAAGUGGGUCUUUCAACACAUUCCAUGUAGCUCUCAGUAUUCAUUUAAGAUGAAACAUGGAAAUCCCAUUGAAAGAGUAGGGGGAAAGAAAAUUUAAAGUUCCCCAUGACCAGGCUUCUUGGUAGUUCUUUGAGUGUUCCCAUACUUGUAGCAUAUAUAGCACUAGAAAAUACUAGGGGCAUAUCUUUUUUAGAAUGUUCUUGCAACAGACACUUGCCCGCUGUCUUUCUUGAAAUGAACUACAGGUAAACGUUUAACAAAUACUUUUUAUUUAUAUACAGGCAUAUAUGAAAGGAAACGGUUUUUUGUUUGUUUUUGUUUUUGUUUUAACUGCUGGUUCAUGUGACAGGGCUUGGUAUAGUUGAAAACUCCAAUAAUUUCCAUUGAAAUUGGCUCAUAUUCAAGUAUUAU